AUGACUCAGGGGUGUGCUCCAGGGAGUGUUAGUCAUACGUCCUAUCAAAGUCAGCUAGCUGGGCUGCGGUCAAGAGCACUCCGUCUAGAGGAUUAUUUCAGUCAGCCUUCAUUCAUGUCACCGUCGGCAGUAAAUGGGUCGGAAAAUUCAGGCGCAGGUGAAAUGGCUCUUCAGCAGCAAAAUGUAGAAAGUUAUGGAGAGAAAGACCUGCAGAACAACGAAAGCCAAGGUACAGGUUUAAUUAUGAUAGUCUGAUAAUGGGGAGGUGGAUGCAAACAUCAUUCUCACUGGCGUGGUCUACAAAGGGGACUGUUUUUAUAUGGUCCUUCAUUACUUGACUUAAAUUCCCCCUGUUGUUGCUACCCUCUAACAAUUUCACUUGCCAAGCAGAUUUUGUGUGGGGUAGCAGGUGUGUUGUCAGAAAUAGGCUUCUAAAGAUACAAUAAUUCAUUUUUUAAGUAGAUUAUCAUUAUACAGUCACCAGCAUACAUUUACCAGUAAGUGAUACAUUAAUGCAGAACCAAACAUACAACAGCAUUGUAAAGUAAAGUAAAACUUUAUAGAAUCUCCCAAUCAGGGUUUUUCAGACCCAACGUACAUAAGCAUAUAGACUUAUAAGGUUACAGUUUGAAAUACUGAAUAAAAUAUCUUAAAACAUUAAAAUAAUUUAUAAUAACAGAUCAAAACAUCAAUAGUAUAAUUUGCUAAAUACCAGCACAUUAUUUAUAACAUUCCCCAAUGUCCUGGUGCUGAGAAGGUUGUCUCACCCUAAUUAUCUGACCUAAACCACCUAAACAUGAUGAGACAGUGUUUGUAAUAUGUUCAUCAACGCUAAGGGUGGGGUCUACUUGAAGUCCCAGGUCUUGUACAGAGGCGGCUGUAGUAACUUCCUUUCCAAGUAGAGAGACGUGAAAGUCUGCAGGUGGUCUCUGUAGCAUUUGUCGGGUUCUCAGCACCACCAACUUUGUCUUGUCUGCAUGGUUGAUCAAAAGACUAUUAUAGCGACUAUUAUAUUAUAUGACCUCAGAAAUGUUCAAAUGGGAUCGAAAAACUGAUGACGAUAGUUCAAACCAGUUCACGAUGUCUGUAAGUACAGGCAAAAUGCAAGGAAGUAAAUCUUUAAUCACUCACAUAGUUAUAUUGUCAUGGCCAGAUGCCUUAUUGGAUGAAAAAGACGUUAUAAUCCUAUGGAUUUCAUGAGCAGAGACUGCAUGAAAUUGGAAUUUAUCUGCUUCACAUGGUAAAUUUGUUUAGCAACAAGCUCUAGAAUUAGUUCACAAUCAAGGUAUAGGUACACAUACACUAGAAUUUUUCCCUAUUUUAUUGUCUCAUUUGCUUCACACAGGUUUUAAAAUAACAUGUCAAUAGUCCUUGUUUUGAAGCAAUAAAUAUAUAUCCCUGUUAAAUAUAACUUCUGACUGUUGUUUUUCAGGCCCUUUUCCAACUGAAAAUUCUCACAGGUUCACUGAUUCCUGCAGGCAUAUGGCAGAUUAUUUACCUCCCAAGGAUGCAGGUAUGGCUCCAUUUAAAGUAAUAGUUAUAUUUAAAGGUGUGAUGCAAACUGUAUUUUCAUAAGUUCUAGGUAGCUUCUUAUUGAUGUCCAAUAUUUUUUUAUUCCCUGGAAAAGUUGUUUAAUGAGUUCCAGCAUGAGCUACAUGCUACCAGCUCAGACUCCCUACUUGGGACCAUCAUGCUCAGACAUCUCAUUUAAAUGGUGUAUUUUUUGUUUUUUUCUUUUUUGUUAAGUGAUGUUUUAUGUAUGUUGUGGUUUAAUAUAGAUUUUUAUUUUCCCUUUGUUUUGGGUUGUGGUUACUGUAAUAUAUAGUAAUAAUUAAUUUCAAAUACGCCAAAAUAAAAUUCCAAAAAAACAUAACAUAUAUUACAAAAAAGUAGCAGCACUGCAUUUAAUAAACAAGAAAUAUGUUUUGUUAGCAAUACUCACCCCAGACAAAAGUAUGUUGACAGAAGGCACAGUCAAGUCUGCUAGAGCACAUUUCAAAUAAAUGUGCAGUUCCAUUAUCCACCCCCCUCAUGAAAUGAAACAGAAAUUAUGAGGGGAGUGGGGGUCCAAGAGGAGACAAUUUCCAAGGGGGAUGGGGUGGCUUCUCAAGGUAUUUUUUGGGGGGAUCUGGGGGAAGAUUAGCCUCUUCUAACAAGUUUGAAAAGGAAGAGAGUAAUUAAAGUUCUGAAUCUAAUGUAUGCAUGCAAAAGGAAGGAUCAAUGAGCUGGCUUAAGGAAGACAAGUUCCAAGGCAAAAAGAUCACUCACUGUUAUAAAGUUUGAAGGCAACUAGUUCUUUUACAGAUAACAUCAUUUGUGUAUUGUUAAACAUAUAAAGCCUCUGCAUGUUUUUCAGUGGCUUUAUUAGUGGCACAGUGUACUAGCAAAGAAAGACCUCUACACAAUAUGAAAGGAUUGCUUUUCCAGAUCCUUGGUAGGCAUAAAUGACAAGGCAAAAAUGAAGAGGCCAGACAUUAAUGUUGGUGUCAAACACUGUAUUAUCCUGAACUGCAGUAAUUGUUUCAUGCCUGCAGUUACUUACAUAUGCGACCAUUUAUCAGUUGAAAUGAAAUUAAGUGAAGCGUUUUGAUUGAAAUAUUCUUUCCAGGGGGUACCCAAACCUAGUGGUAAAAUCAUGGGAAUUCCAGAGGGUAGGGAAGAGGGGUAUGACAAGCAUUUUUUUGUAUGAACCCUGCAUGUAUACUUAUCAGUGUUUUCUUGGUCAUCAAUAAUUAGAGAUCCAAUAGUUGAUCAGUUGCUUAUUAAACAUUUACUCAACAUUUCAAUGUUUUGAACAUCAUAACGUUUCUCACUGUUGAUAAUGAUGUUUAAUCAUCAAAAUGUCGAGUAGUGUUUUUAAGAUUAAUUUUUCUCAUAAAUAAUUAAAUAAAUUUAAAAUGGAGUUGUAUGUACUUUCAUAGGUAAAAUUGAAUCUGAGUUUCCAGUUGGGGCCGGGGGUGGUAUUUACACUCCAGUGGAGUCACAUAUACCGGCAGGGAAUCACAUCAGUGCAAGUGGUGGUAGUGAUUACAAAAGUAAUCCAGGUGGCACCGCUCAACUGAGAGAAAUCAAAUACACUCCUGAUGAUAAAGUGGCUGCAGCAGCUGAAGAUGACACAGGUACAGAUUCAAGUGAAGUUCAUGUGAAUGGAAGAAGUAGUAAUGAAGGCUUGCCACAAGAAGGAAACUGCUCUCAGGCUGGUGAGCAAGGUACAGGUUUAAACAGAAAAAAAGUAUAAUUACUUUAAAAAAGGUAAUUAGUUGUAAAAAGGAGUUUUGUGUACUUUUAUAGGUGAAACUGAACCAGAAUUGCCAGUGGGGGCUGCAGGUGGUAUUUGUCCCCCAGUGGAUUCAGAUUCACUGGCAGAGAGCCACAUUAGUGUAAGUGGGGGUGAUGGCAAAAGCAAUCCAGGUGGCAACACUCAAACAGGAAAAAUCAAACACAAUCUUGAUAAUAAAGUGGCUGCAGCAGCAGAAAAGGACACAGAUUUACAUCCAAGUAAAGUUAAGACUGAAGAAGACUUAGCAGAAGAAGAAAACUCUUGGGCUGCAGAACAAGGUACAGGUUUAAACCGAGAAAAGAAAGGAUUAUUACUUUCAAAAAGAUAAUAAUUUGUUUAAAAAGGAGUUGUGUGUACUUUCAUAGGUGAAACUGGAUCAGAAUUGCCAGCUGGGGCCUCGGGUGGCAUUUGUCCUCAAGUGAAGCCAGAUUUAGUGGCAGAGUAUCACAUUAGUGCAGGUUGUGGUGUUAACAAAAGCGAUCCAGGUGACACCGCUCUACCGCGUGUAAUCAAACACACUCUUGAUUAUAAAGUGGCUGCAGCAGCAGAAAGUGACACAGGUAACAAUGAAAUGUUCCUUUUUGCGAAAAAACACCAGGCACCGGAUGUUAUUGUUUCAUAGCCGCUGGUCUCAUUAAUAACAGUUUCUUUGUGACAUGAGAUGUUAUACGCCACUGCGCAUAACAUUGUAACAUGGAAGGCAGCAAUUGUUUGCCGGCUGCUUUUGUAGUCUAAAAGUUUUUUAUAGCGAGCAUGAUUCUUCAGGUCUAAAAAGGUGUUAGUCUUGACGUUCGCCGAAGUCCCUUCACCUAAAAUGAUCAUUUAUUCACCCUUUUGAGCGUGGUGACCCCCCGUUGUUAUUGGAGUUAUUGACUCAUAUUGGCUACAGGAAGAACUUGGAAAAAAUUUGGAUAAUACAAGUUGUAUUAUUUGUGGUAAAUAACAACGUCUCUGCAUCUGGACCAACUCUGGAGUUGCAGCGCUUUGGGCAAUAUACCCUUCCACGGGUUUUUUCAACUUUUGACAUGGACAAGUUACGGAAAAUCCGUCAACACUGCUGGAAAGAGCGCCUUUAAAUUAGUACGAUUGUCAAGUUCGAAAGUCAUUUGUUGAAAACUAAUGACGAGAUAGCUUCUCAAAGUCGGCAUCCCCCCCCCCCCAAGCCCCCCACAAAAACGUCUGUAAAUUUUCGCAACUUCGCGAAGCUAUAUCUUCGCUCGCUUUAGGCGUGUCACUUUCAAAUUUGUCAAUUUUACUAAUUUUAAUGCGCUCUUUCCAGUGGUGUCGACGGAUUUUCCUUAACUGGUCCAUGUCAAAAUUUGAAAAAACCGUGGAAGGGUGUAUUGAACUAGCAAGCCAACUGGGAGCUGGUCAUCAAAUUGGACCAGCUGCCAGUUGGCUUACUUGCUCAGUUGGUUAGAACGCGGCACCAGCAUUGCAAAGGAUAGGGUUUGAAUCCUGCCAAGUCUAAAUCAUUUCAGGCUUUCGUUCCGCAACUUCAUAGGUUGCGUAUUAAACUCUGAUGAUCGUCAAGCAAUUUAAGAACUAUUUUAGUGAAAGAUAAAGACUCAGACCAACAAAGAGGUUGAACACUCAGGAUAACAGGCACCCAAGGUGAAAAAGAAGCACAGUGAACCUAUGUGUAUAUUUUUCCCUUUACAUGGUUAUUGAUUUUGCCAAGUUUAAAAAUUUUCGCCUCUCUAUUUUACUAAGGGCCCAAUGAUACCUCAGUUUCUACAUUCUGUCCUAACCAUGUGGGCUCAAUUAUUGAUAGAGGUCUUUGCUGCCUUUACAAAUGGGGUGGUUAAUACUUACAGUAUAUUGUGAGAAUGAAUAAUGAGUCUAAACUUUGUUAAAGAAUGCUGUUAUUGAGAGGGACAGUGUGUUUUAAUUAAGAUUCAUUGCCGAUAUUGUACGUCUUUUUUCUCAGAAUGUGUAGUCAAUGAGGACCAUUCAUUGGAAGCAAAAGAAGUAGACAAUACAUCCUCUGAACUGAUCCCUCCAGAUAGGUUAGGCUGUCAACCAGUGACGCCCUUGACGGAGAUUAUCAGUGAAGGAGCAAGCAAUACAGGUAUAAAACUGACAAAGAUACCCUCUGACAAAGCACAGCUUAGGGUUUCGGCAGAUGGAAUGAGUCGACCAUCCACAUUCAUCAGCGAAGAGGCCAUGACGAAAGAAGCAACCACCUUCUUACCUCCAUCUCACAACCACAAAGACACCACUCCAUCAAGCUUAGUUGAUCCACCAGAUGGAUUAAGUGGUCAACCGUCUUCCCUCCCCAAUGGGGUGGUGUCUGGAGGAGCAAGAAAUAUUGAAACUAAAGCGGCAUCAUUACCCUUUACCAACCAGAAGGAGACAAUUCCGUCAAGGAGGUUUCCUCCAAGUGGAAGUGUUCAAUCACAAUUGCCCUCUCAGGCUCUGAUUGUAGGAGCAAGUAGUGACGAUCCAAAAUCAGUGAAGUUGCCUUGUAAGAGUGACAAAGACAAGGGACCAACUAGGGCGCAACCAGAUGGAUUAAGCAUUCAAGCAUCAUCAGACACGACUGACAGAGCAGGUAAUGAUGAUGUAAAAGUGGUGGGAGUACCUACGAAGAAUGACAGGACACAAUCAGGGGCGACUGCACCGAGUGGAUUGAGUUCUCAACCAUCAUCGGUUACUACUCCUGUACCUGAGAGAGCAAGUAAUGUGGCAUCUCAACAGGUGUCAACUUCGGGCCACAGGAUCGCUGGAAAGAGCUUUAGUUGUCCUGGUGAUUCUGCAUUUGCAAAAAAGGAAGAAUUUAGAGAACUAAAGAGGUUCAACAGUGAAUUACUGCGGAAGCCAAUGGAAAAGAAAAGAAAAUUCAAGCCAAGUAAGGCCAUUUUGCUCAUCUAAGCUUGUUUCCCUUAAGUUGUCUCAUGAAAUGUACAUUUCCUCCCCGCAGAAAAGAUUAAUUUUCCUUUGUUUAAACCCCCAUUUGCACCGAAUACUUCCCAAGUGAUUCCAGCUACCAAUUAGAGUGAAGGCCUAGAGAGCGAAGAGCGUAACGUAGCGAACAAUAGGGACCUUAUGAGAACGUCGAAAGAGCAAUAGGUUCUAUAAGCAAAACAACAAUUCUGCACGUGCCGCACGGCCAGGAGGGUGACAUUCCCUAUUGACGUAGUUCAAAAAAGGUAGGGGGCCCUCACUUUGGUGUCGUUUACAGAGACUUCACGCAUACAUGACCGCCAGCCGAAAAAAUAACUUUUCACCUUGAUCUUAUAGUUAAGUGUUUAUCGAUCAGUGUCUUCUCUACCUGGAUGGGCUUGGAUUUUUAGGGAUGCCAGUCAACUAAAUUCAUUUGCAGUCUGACCCCUUUCGAAUGUUUUCAAGUUCACAAAAGGAAUGGUAGACAUAUGUAGAAUAAAAUGACCCAGAUUCCGUUGUGCCACUCUGACUGAUGUUACCACUAGGGUUUCAUAAGGGCCCCUCUACUAUUACACGACUGGUUUGCUAUGACUACAUUCCUGUGAGAGAAUCCGGAUGAAGUUACUUGAAUUUUGCUUUGCACCAAUAUUUUACUUUGCGACAAACCCAACUUGGACCAUUGGACAAACCUAACUUGGACCCUUAAAACAAUCAGUCAAUCACUGGUCAUGUUCUCAGCACAAAGGGCUGAUGUCGGUAGGUCGUUUGCAAGUCGAAAUAUGAAUAUUUCUUUUAAGUUCAGUGGUCUCAGAAAUCCUUUGAUUCCAUAUUGACCAUAUUCAGUGGACUAAGUCUAAAUCUGAGUACAUCAGAUUCAGAAUCUUCAUUUCUUUUAAGAUGAUCAGCGUCAGUUUAUUUGUUGUCAUGAUUGUAUAAUUUAUGGAUAUUCAACAUUGUCUCUUUUCCCAAAAAAUUGCAGCCGCGACUAUUUCAGGUUUUUCAUUCCAGUUGUAGACUGCGCUCAACUUUAUGCUCUUUAAAUCCUAACAAGUUCUUAUAUAAUGAAUGUUAAAAUGCAAAGGAACUUAAAUUGUGUACUUUACGAGAAUAAGAAAUGCAGUGAUGCAGGAAAUAUUAGUGAACUUUUUUGAGUGAUGCACGUCAACCGGAAGUGGUCUUUUUUCAUUCUUAAGUGGUAUUUUUGCCCAAAUGUUUGGACAAAUCGUCUCUAUAAUAAGAAAGAUACUGAGAAAUACAAAAACUAAUUUGGCAGCGUCAAUUUAUUUUAAAAUGAAAAAGACCUCACUUCCGGUUGACAUUCGAUGCUCAAAAACAUCUUUGCUUAAGCGCUCCAUUUUUUAUUGGAAUUCUACAGGUGACCCACUGGCAAAGACCAUCUUGGGUUGCCUGGAUCUUUUAGAGGGGCUCUCCAGAUGUCUUGAUAAAGAGUACAAGUAUGGAUCCUGCAAGUGCUGGAAGCACAUUGCCGAGCAUUUUGGAAUUGAAGAACAAGAGUAUCAAAAAUUUAACUGCAGCCAGGUUCACAGUCCUACAGAGGUUAUGUUUGAAUACUUGAAGGCCCAAAAUCCUGAGAUUACCAUUGGUGAUAUCAAAGAUGGAUUACAUUCAAUUGCUAGAGAAGAUGUCGUCCGUGUUCUUGUGGAAUAUGAACAAAGUGAGUAGAGUCUCUUGAUUGGUGACUGAUGAUUAAUUACUAAAAUACUAAAUCUUGCUGCUAUGCCGAUGUUCCUCAUAAGGAGACCAUUAUGUUUUCUGCUUAUCGAGCACUAUGCAUUUAAGUGAAGUAUGCAGAAUUUUAUGUUGACUAUUUCAAGUAGAGUAACAACACAUACCUCAAGCUAUUUUAGUGUUUGUAUGCUUUAAUCUGUAAUCUUCAGAUUCUGUCGUCAUUUGGAACCUUCAGCAUAGAGAAGAGAAGUGUGACGUCGCAAAAUUUGAAUUUGUAAUGGUAACAGGACUGAGUGGAGUCCAAUUCGGUCUGUAAUCAUACGAGUGAUUAACAAAAUCGGACGACCGCGUAGCGGGAGUCCGAUUUGUUUAAUCACGUGUAUGAUUACAGACCGAAUUGGACGACACGAAGUUCUGUUACCAAUUAAUCAUAACUUUAACAAAAUUUGUAACAUAAGAGGCUAUUUUUAAAAUCAAAACACAAGAAAUUCGAAAUUUUGUUUUGCUAGAAGUGAAAAAAAAAACCAUUUAAGGGCGCGCGUGAUGGCGCGUACUGUCCAAUUACUUAGGCAUGACGCGUACUGUCCUAUUAAACUAUCCAAUUAAGGCUGAAAUCAGGGCAGUUGAUAGCCAAUCAGAUUUGACAAUUUCAUCUCUCCACCAAUUUGCACAAACAGACUCAUUUUUAGCAAGUGGACAUUUUUCAUAUUGUUUUCUUUUUUUUUUUACCUGGCAACCUAUGCCAUAAUUUUACAAAUUUAGUUCUUGUGACGUCAUCAGUUCUCUUCUCUACUGUCGCGUUCUGUUUGAACUCAUUUGACUCUGGCAGUUAUUUAGGCUCAUACUUGGUGUAAAAACCUGUGAAACUCGCGAGUGAUGUAAAACAAUUAAUACAAAGAAGCCACUGAGAGAGCCAAGGGAAAUAAUAGCUAGAAAACAAAGAAAAACUUCACAGGUUUUUACACCGAGGAUGACCCGUUAUUUGUGUGUUUUCAGCUUACGACACGGUAGAUAAUGGUACCCCUGUGUGCAGUUUGUUUGACACUGAUCCAGACAUCAUUGGAGAGAUAGCCUUCUUAAUGGACAUGCAGAAGAUCGGUCUAAAAAAAUGGUCACAUCUGGCUUCAUCACUGAAAAUACCACGGGCAGACUUUAAAACCUUUGAGACUUGCAAUACUGAGUAUCCCGCAGCAGAAACGCUGUUUAAACUUGUAAAAAUCCACUUUCCUCGAACAACUGUUGGGACAUUGAUAACUCAUUUAAAGACAAUAAAAAGACGAGAUGUGAUAACUGCCAUCAGGGAAUGUACUGAAGGUAAUAAUAACAUUUGAAUUUAACCCAACAGGGAUGUAUUCCGUGUUCUGAUUGGCUACGCUGUCUGAGGGAAUCCUGUAUAGUGUUUGACUACUCAAGUGUGCCCGCUCGUGCUGUACCGUGUCGUCCCAAAGGAAAAGAUUUUGUCUUUUUGACAUGUAAUAAAUCCUUUAUGGACCAAGCUUGUUUGGUCAAGAUGGAGCUUGUCCAAAUAAGUUUUGAAUGAUGGAAAACUUAGCCAAUACCCAGCUAUCUUGACCUUACGCUCGGUCAGAAUUGCAUAUUUAAUGCAGGUCACUGAUGAUGCUGAUACCCGAUCAAGCACAGCUGUACAAAAACUUCAACAACAGAGUGAAAACUUUACGAAUUAAUAUGUAAAUUUAUGAAUUAAUUUUAAUAUUGCUGCUAGGAGAACACAAUAUAAAGUGUUUCUGUUAUAGUUACAGAAGAUUACUUGCUGAAAAACUUGAUGGAAGAAUUGGACGUGAUGGAGAACGUUUGUGAACUCUUGAACCAGAAGCAACGUACAAACAGAGUGAAGAACUGGAGGCACCUUGGAGGACUAUUUAACUUUGAACAGGAGACUCUGGAUGACCUUUCACCGUCACAAGAAGAAAACGUCUCCCCUACAGAAGCCCUAAUUCAGCAUCUUGGCGGAUUAUAUCCUGACUCGACAUUAGAGGAACUAAUUUUUGCCAUACAUUUGAUUGACAGGGAUGAUGCCCUUGAUGUGCUUGACGUCUAUCUUGAAGGUGAUUGA